UUAGGUGAUUGUUUGUCCAUCCACGUGGAUAGCUCGUUAUCAAACUGAACUUCAGUGUGGUGGUGGUCCAGAAGGAAAGUCAUAUGUUGUGUCUGAAUGAGGCUGUCUGUUGGCUUCUUAUCUGGGAGAUGAACUCGUGAAGCUGAGACUGUAGCUUGGUGGAUGUGGUGCCAGUUGGCUGAGCCUGCCUGUCAGUUUCACUUUGAGGUGGACCCUGUGUUGGUACCAUGAAGACCCCAGUUCAUGUGCAUACUUAAUCUGAGUUGAGGGUCUGAGGCGAUGUUUCGUCUCAGGGGUGUGAACUCCUGCCUUCGUAGGCUCCUUCAUGGGGGGACAGUGAACCGAGACCAGGUUCUGGAGCAGUUGAGGGUUUGCUCAGCUGAAGACAAUGUAUUUGAUGUUGUGGGCAAGAACAAGGCCAAGCUCACAGUGAAGCAUGUGGGCUGUGCCGUGGAGAUGCUGUGGCAGUUUCAGAAAGAAAAACCACAAUUGCUGAGGACUGUUGAGCUCACCAAAAGCCACCCACAGUUCCUGACACUCCGGGUUUUGGCAGAGAACAAAAUCGCCCUUAUGGAUGAUUGUAUGUUGGUGGACAUGCUUUACAAUUUCCUCAGGCUGAAUGUGGAUCACCACGACUCUCUGGUGCAGCAGCUGGUUUCAGAAGCUUGGCGAAGAAUGGAAAAAUUUCCAAUGUCUUCUUUGUCCAAGUUUGCCAUCUGUCUAAGUGAUCAACAACUUCAACACAGCUCUCUGAUGGGUCACAUCACCAGUAUUGUGGAUCAGAAGUUGUCGUCUAUUGAUGAUGCCAGGAUCCUAACUGUGUUCAUGAUUAGCACUUCGUCCCUGGUGUCUCCUCGUCUACGGGAUGCCCUCAUUAGCAAGGCAGAUCAACUCCUGGACAGCAUGGAUCCCUCACAUUACAACAACCCCCGAAGAGUAGUGCAGUUCCUGCGUCACCUCAGGUACAGCCACCGCCCUCUGCUGGAGAAGUGCAACCAGAUCAUCUUGUGUAACAUUCCCAGGCUGGACGCGGAGAACAUCGGCAUGAUCAUGGGGCUGUAUCAGUCCCUGCAGUUCAACAACUGUGACUUCAGGCUUGCUGUUAAACAAAGGCUGACAGAACUGAUCGAUUCAAGCACCGAACCUUUCUCCUUCACUAAACUGUUUGUUGCUCUGGCUCCUAUGGCCAGCCCAGAGAUCAGAGAACGGUUGGAGAACACUGCCCUCCUGUUGGCGGAUGAGUUAAAUGCACAGCAGGCCCUGGCUGUAGCUGAAGCACUAGAAGAGAUUCAAAGCAGGAACCUUAGCUUGAUGAGCAAAAUUGCAGCAGUAAUCCAAAGGAACCUUCACGCCUACAAGCCGGUGGAGGUGGCCAGAAUCACCCAAGCCCUUCUUCUGUUGCAGUAUCAGAGUCCCGAACUCUUUUCAAAACUAAGAAACAUUUUGGUCAACCUUUUGCAGUGCAGCGUCUUUCCAUAUGAAGUGACCAUGUUGACACGUGUUCUGUCCAUGCUGCCUUCACCUCGACUCGAGGAUAGUGUGAUCUCGCGGGUAGAUGCAGUGGUGACCCAGUGCAGUCUCGGUGAUCUCAACACUAUCUCUUUCGCCAUUGCCAAGUGGGUGCGCAACGAUCCCUCCUACCGCCACAACACUCCCAGUAAGUACGUCCGUCUGCUGCAGAAGCUGAACCGCUGCGGGCACGAGAGGCUACAAACAGCUGACCGACUAGACUUUGUUCUUGAGGAGCUUAGGUUCAUUUCGGGGGAGUGGUUUGACGAAAUGCUGCUCGAAGAGACAAUGGUCACACUGCAGAGGAUGAUGGAUCAAAUAAACUGGACGAAUGUGCCGGAUUUGGCCCUCUUCUUAACCAGGACAAACCACCUCUGCCCUCCCUUGAUGGAGCGUAUCACCAGCGUGGCUAUUGAAGACAUUGACAAGAUUCACCACUCAGCAACAUAUGCCACCCUGCUUCCCUUUUCUGUCCUGAAUUAUGAUCCUGUAAGAGCAGACGAGUUGUAUAAUGUUUGUAUACGGCGCUUCACUCCUCAUAUCAGUUCCUUUGACCCACAUCUGCUAGUUCUCCUGGCAUACACCCUUGCAGUAGCAGACUGCUUUCCUGAAGAACUUGUCAGAGAAAUCUUCAGUAUACACUUUUUGGGAAAACUGGAUACUCAACUUGAAACCCUACCUGAUGCUCUCAACAUGCGGACCCGACUCCGUCUCAUGGAGCUCAAUCGCGCUGUGUGUCUUGAGUGUCCUGAGUUCCAGGUCCCGUGGUUUCAUGAGCGCUACUGCCAGCAGUUGCAAAAGAAAGGGAACGUCUCUGUCAGUCCUGUGCAGCAACAAAUCCACAAAAUGCUGGGUGAUGUUCUUAAUGGCAUUAACUGUGUCCGAUUAGCAGUCGUGACUCCGUAUUUUUACACUGUAGACUUUGAAUGCAUACUGGACAAGGACCUCCAGCCGUUGCCAUACAGCGAGCAGAGCGCACUACAGAUCUUGGACAAAGAAAAGGUUCAUUGGGGGACAAGCUUGGUGGAAAACAUCAGGGAUGAGCUGCCGCCUGGAGCACAGCGUGUUGCUGUGGACUUCCUCGAUUCAAAGUCCUUCUGCAAACAGUCUCAUCAUAUGAAAGGUGAAGCCCUAAUGAGAAAGAGACACCUUGAAAUUCUGGGAUAUCGUGUUGUUCAGAUCCCUCACUUUGAAUGGAACUCUAUGGAGCUUUCUACACUGGAUGCUUGGAAGAAAUAUCUAAAGAAGAAAAUAUAUGGAGAACUUUCUCCCUGA